AGGUGCUUAGAGAACGCCCGGGCUCAGAGAGGGAAAGCGCCUUGCAGAGUGUCGCGCAGCUCUGGAGGCAGGAGGUCAGAGCACAGAACUCCUGACCUCCUGGUAGUCCCGGCAUUUCUUUUAAUAUUGACUUGUAUUUGUUAGGAUACUUUGGGCUUCGAGAAACUGACCAUGUAACUUGACAUCACUGAGGGUGUAGGGGCGGAGGGCCCUUGGGGUGAUUAUAAAGGUUAAACGCUAAAAAGGAUGUCAAAACACCCAUCAGUUAGUCACUGUAUUUCUUCUUCCAUGUGGCUUGCUUAUUGAUAAGACAGAGGCACGGGGUUCUUUGGUUCUUUUUUCUGCUAACCUCAGGUCUACUACUCAACAGGACAAUUCCCAGGGAAAAUGAACCCCACGCUGGGCCUGAGCCUCUUUCUGGCUGGCCUGCUCACCACAGAAGGUCUUCUGAAGCCCAGCUUUUCGGACCAGAAUCAUGAAACUCUGGACCGGUCCCAAGAGAGGAAGGGUAGGAUGGCGGCCAAGGAGCUUGCAAAGCGGAACAUGGCUUUUGGCUUCAAGCUGCUCAAGAAAAUGGCCUCCGUCAACUCGCACAAGAACAUCUUCUUUUCCCCCUUGAGCAUCUCCACGGCCUUCUCCCUGAUGUGUUUGGGGGCCCAGGAUGACACCCUGGCCGAGAUCAAGCAAGGAUUCAAUUUCAGGAAGAUGUCAGACAAAGAUCUCCAUGAGGGCUUCCACUACCUUAUCCGCAAGGUGAACCAGGAGACCCAGGGCGUCAAGGUGAAGCUUGGGAACACCCUGUUCAUGGACAAGAAGCUGCAGCCACAGCGGGAGUUUCUGAGAGAUGCCAAGAACUUGUACUACGCAGACACUGUCCCCACCAACUUUCAGAACAUGGAAAAUGCUCGGCAGCAGAUCAACGAUUAUAUCAGUGAGAAAACCCAUGGGAAAAUUAACAACCUGGUCAAGAAUAUAGACUCUGGCACUGUGAUGCUUCUUACAAAUUAUAUGUUCUUUCGAGCCAAGUGGCAAAAUGAGUUUGAUCCAAAAUUAACUAAAGAGGAAGCUUUCAUUCUGGAGAGAAACAAUUCAGUGAAGGUGCCCAUGAUGUUCCACGGGGGCAUGUACCAAGUUGGCCGUGAUGACCAGCUCUCCUGUACCAUCCUGGAAAUUCCCUACCUGAAAAACAUCACAGCCACCUUCAUUCUUCCGGAUGAGGGCAAGAUGAAGCACCUGGAGGAGGCCUUGGAGGAGAACAUUUUUGCCAAAUGGAAGCCAUUAAUGUUGCACAGGGUUGUAGACGUGUCUGUGCCCAAACUCCACAUCACUGGCACCCAUGACCUGAAGAGGACUCUCUCCCACCUGGGCAUCACCAGGAUCUUCGAGGAGCACGGCGACCUCAGCAGGAUCUCCCCUCACCGCAGCCUGAAAGUGGGCGAGGCGGUGCACGAGGCUGAGCUGAAGAUGGAUGAGAAGGGUACGGAGGGGGCCGCGGGCUCCGGAGCACAGACGCUGCCCAUGGAGACGCCAAUGCCCGUCAAGAUAAACCGCCCCUACAUACUCGUAGUUCACGAGACGUUGACGCCUUCCAUACUAUUCUUGGGAAAGAUUGUUAACCCUACUUCGAAAUAAAGGGGGAAUUCUUGCUUGCUGCAGA